CUGGCGAAAAGCAGGAAGUGCUGAAUCUGCACUGACAGCAGUGCAGAUUUGUGUUUAUCUCUGUGUUUAUGACACUCUGGUGCAAAAACUUAAUGACUGGCCGCAUAUUUUCCUCAACGGAACGGAUAUUUAACACGCCUUUGGAGGAACAUAUGAUCAAGGUUUGAGGGACCUGCGGAGAAAAUGAGUCGAAGCCGGAACCCUCCACAGAAGGGCCAAGGGGCCGCCAGGGCCAAACAGAUGGGAUUGCUGUUGGAUUUGGCUCCUGACGGCGGGCUGGAUGACUCUGGAGGAAAUGAUGAGGAGCUAGAGGCAGAGCUUCUGGCUUUGAUGGGAGGAGGCGGAAGGAGUGGACCAGCAGGCAAGAAACCUGGAGGGAAAGCUCCGGUGGCCAUGGAGGACAUUGAGCGGAUGGCAGCACUUUGUAUGAAAGACCUGGACGAGGACGGAGAUGACGAAGGUGAUUUGGAAAAUGAUGCUGAUCUCUUGGCUGAGUUGAAUGAGGUGUUGGAAGACGAUGAGGAGCAGGUGGUCAAGAAACCUCCUCCGUCACCAGUGCCUCCUCAACGCUCAAAUGCAGCUCCCACGUCCCAGAAUGCACCAGCCAGCUUGGAGGGUCGCCUGCAAGAGCGCUUGGACAUGUACCAAACAGCCAUUACCAACGCCAAGGCCGCGGGGGAGACCAGCAAAGUGCGGCGAUACGACCGAGGACUGAAGACUCUACAGUCUAUGCUGACGUCAGUUAAAAAGGGAAAGCCCAUCAAUGAAGAUGAGAUUCCUCCUCCUGUGGCCACCGGUGGAAAACCCCCCGCUGCUCCGCAGGCCGAGCCAAUCAGAGAGCAAGAAAAGCCUGCUCCAGCAAACACACCACCGCAGAUGGCCAAUGUCAAGCCAGUGCUGGAUGCCCGGCCAGUCGUUCCAUCCAAACCUCAGCUGCUACAGCCUCCGUCACAGAGACCGAUGGCUGUAACGCCCGAUACACCAGCCAUAUCGCCCCUCACACCCAGCCAGCCAAACACACAGCACUCAGAGCUCAAAGCGAGUAUAUUAAGCAGACAGAGAGAGUAUAAACUGGCAGCCUUAAAGGCCAAACAGAGCGGAAACACUGAACAAGCCAAACAACUCUACCAAGUGUCCAAGAGAUUAGACUUGAUCAUAGAGAGUGUUGACAGAGGCGAGUUUGUGGACGUCAGCUCACUGCCGCCCCCUCCUGGAGAGGUUGAAGUGCCACGUCCUAACCCUCCCCAAAUGUCCUCUAAACCAGCCGCCCCUCCUGCUGCUCCACCCACUGCUGCCCCAGACACAGCUCUCUCUGCUCCCCGGAGCGUCGCCGAGGCCUUACAGCAGCGCAUGGACAAAUAUAAAGAAGCCGCGGAGAGCGCCAAGAGCAAAGGAGACGACCGCAAAGCACGCAUGCACCAACGCAUAGUCAAGCAAUAUCAAGACGCCAUUAAAGCUCAUAAAGCAGGACGGCCUGUGAAUUUGGCAGAACUUCCUGUUCCACCAGGUUGUCCUCCGCUGCAGGGCAGCGAGGGCAGCGAGCAGAAUUUUAUGGGCGUCCUGGAAACAGCCAUGAAACUGGCCAAUCAGGAUGCAGACGCCGACGCAGAUGAAGACGAAGAACCACAGAAGCCAUCGGCUCAACCUGCCGUUCAGAAAUCCAGAGCUCCCGCUCCUCCAAAAGCCUCGUCCGCCGCAGGGAUGCCCACCGGCUCCGCAAACGCCCCCAAACUAGCAGGGAAAGCCCAGCAGCAGCUGGAUUUCCUGACGACACGCAGGCAGCAGUUCGUGAAGGCCGCGUUACGCUCUAAAGAGAUGAAGGACAUGCAGGGAGCCGCGCAGCACCUGAGAAACGCUAAAGGCCUCGACCCCAUGAUCACUGCUGCCAAGGCUGGACUUCCUGUUGACAUUACCAAGGUACCAGCCGCUCCGGUCAGUGAGGACGAUUACAGACUUUCUCAUUCGCGCUCGUCUGCUCUUUCUCCACGCACAUCUGAGCAGUACGCGCAACUCAUGGCGCAGCUCAAACAGCAGCAUGAGAAAUGCCUCACAUACUCGCAGCAGUUCACUCAUAUGGGGAAUGUAGCUGAAACUGCCAGGUUUGAGAAGCUGGCUGAGGACUGCAUGAGUAACAUUGAAGUGCUGAAGAAAGCUCACGCUAAAGGAAGACCAGUUCCCAAAUACCACACAGAGGAGCGCACCUUCAACACCGUCAAGAUCUUCCCUAACCUGAUGUCCAAUGACAUGGUGCUGACCAUCGUGAAAGGAAUCAACCUGCCUGCUCCUCCAGGAGUCUCAGCCAACGAUCUGGAUGCAAGUGUGCGCUUUGAGUUCCCGUUCCCCAGCGCGGAAGAAGCUCAAAGAGACAAAACCAGUACUGUGAGAAACACCAGCAGUCCAGAAUUUAAGGAGCAGUUCAAGCUGAACAUCAAGCGAGAUCACAGAGGCUUCAAGAGAGUCGUACAGGCCAAAGGCAUCAAGUUUGAGGUCGUACACAAAGGCGGUCUCUUCAAGACGGAUAAAGUGGUGGGAACAGCUCAGCUGAAGCUGGAAGCCCUGGAGAACCAGUGUGAGAUCAGAGAGAUUAUAGACGUGUUGGACGGGCGUAAGGCGACGGGAGGAAAGUUGGAGGUGCGUGUGAGGAUCCGCGAGCCGCUGGCUGGAGUUCAGCUGCAGCCGGUGACUGAGAAAUGGCUCGUCGUCGACCCGCUCACACCUUCACCGGAGAAAGACAGAGAGCGGGAGAAAGAUAGAGACAGAGAGAAAGACAGAGACCGGGAGAAAUACAGGGAAAAGGAACGGGCUCCUUCUCCAAGAUCCAAACCCAGAAAUGAUCACGACAGGAACUCUAAACCAAGCUCGUCUCCUCCGCAGUAUAAGCUGCACAGCUUCAGUCUGCUUCACCAUGACAAAGAGAGGCUGGAGUGGAAGAUCCACGAUUAUAAGAAGAACAGACGAGACCCGUCAGAGGUGAUCAAGCAGCACAUGGAGGUCUGUCACCGACUGCAAUGGCAGAAAUCAUAUUUGGAGAAAAAUCCGGCAGCACUGACAGAAUAUGAAAAUGUGCUGCGGAAGUUCGUUCACGGGCUCUCGGAUUCAGUCAAAAUGCUUUCCAGCCAAGGCAACAGGGAUGGUGCGAAAGACGCCCUCGGCCGACUGAAGAUGGUGGAGAACGAGCUGGAGUCAGUCAGGAAAAAACGGGGCGUCAGAGAAUGAAAAAACGCGCUGAGUGACGAGACUGUCUGCUGGAAAACUCUUCACACCUCUGAAAUCAUGAGAAUAGAAACGCAUCGUGACAGAUAUAACGGAGCUGCAGAGGGAAACACAAUUAAACACUACACACACACAUACACACACAUGCAAUUAAGCACCUUUUGCAUUGCUACACUUCAUUACUCUGCGCUCCAAACCAUCAAAACGUUCCUCAAUUUGUCUUUUCUAAGGAGACGUCUGAAUGUUCGAGUGAGAUUAAACUCAACUAAUGCAAAAAUAAACAUCAAUCAAACACUAAAGGGGAAAUCUCACAAAACUGGGUCACAUUUAUUUAGCCCCUAAAAAGAAAGAGAUUAGAAAUUAUAUUUAAAUAUUUUAGGACCAUUAAGAUAUGCGUUUUUUUUUUGACAGUUAAGCACAAUUAAUCUGUAAUGUAAAAAAUGUAUGUAUUGUUGAAUUUAAAAAAUAUUUGCUGUACUACAUUUAUUUUCCUUUGAAAUUUAAUUGAAAAAAUGUUUAUUAAAAAAUAAUUCAAAUUAAAUUUGUUUCAUUAUACAAAUGAGGGAUUAAAUUUAAAUACACAACCAGUCAAAAGUUUUUGAACAGUAGGAUUUUUGAAGUUUUUUAAAGAAGUCUUUUCUGCUCACCAAGCCUGCAUUUAUUUGAUCCAAAGUACAGCAAAAACAAUAAAAUUUUGAAAUAUUUUUACUAUUUAAAAUAACUGUUAUCUAUUUAAAUAUAUUUUAAAAUGCAGUUUAUUCCUGUGAUUUCAAAGCUGAAUUUUUAGCAUCAUUACUCAAGUCUUCAGUCACAUGAUCCUUCAGAAAUCAUUCUAAUAUGCUGAUUUGCUGCUCAAAAAAAAAACAUUUAUUAUUAUGUUGAAAACAUAAUUUUCAGGUUUCUUUGAUGAAUAGAAAGUUCAGAAGAACAGCAUUUAUCUGAAAUAGAAUUACAUUAGACAUUAUAAAUGUCUUUAUCAUCACUUUUGAUCAACUUAAACCAUCCUUGCUAAAUAAAAGUAUUAAUUUCAUCACUUCUAAAGAAUUCUGGAAAAAAAUGUUCUCAACUGUUUUAAAUAUUGAUAAUAAUUAAUAAUAAAAAAUGUUUCUUGAACAGCCAUGUAGCAUAUUAGAAUGAUUUCUAAAAGACUGGAGUAAUGAUGCUGAAAAUUCAGCAUUGCAUCACAGGAAUAAAUUGCAUUUUAAA